CGGACACACACGCACGCUCACGCACGCUCGCGGCGAGUUCUAGCCCCGCAGCCCCCGACUGCCCGAGGGCGCCCCCCGCGUCGCGACAAGCGGAGCAGCAUCCGCCCUCUGGCUCCUGCUGCUGCCGCCCAGAGGAGAGAGGAACCUGGAACCUCUGCCUAGAAUUUCCCCCGGCGCCGCGCGCUGCGGAGAGCGGCGGAGGUGGGCGCGAGGAGGAGAACGCGGUGAAUGAGUUCUCCCCUCGUCUCGGAGUUGACUGAGUUGGCGGCGCCGCGCCCGGGCUUCCGGCUUUCGGCGCCCCACGCGCUCGCGGCUCGCGGGGCUGCAGCCCACGCCCGCGCCGGACUCUGCGCCGCGCCGGGGGAGCCGAGGCUCCAGAGCUCCUGUCCCGGCUCCAGUCCGGGAAAAAGGAGGGCUGUUCCCUGGCCGAGGCGCACGGCCGCGCGCUUUUCCCGCACUCUCCGCGGCCCGAUCUGUCUCUCCAUGGCGUCUCAUCAGCAAUCCCGGAUCCAGGCUUACCUGGAGAAGAACAAGAUCGGUCCCCUGUUUGAGGAAUUAAUGACCAAAUUAAUAACUGAAACACCUGACCAGCCAAUCCCAUUUCUCAUUGACCAUCUUCAGUCUAAACAAGGAAACCGCGGACAACUUCAAAGAACUUUAUCUGGAUCUGCAGCUCUCUGGGCAGAAAGUGAAACGUCAGAACAUAAAGGAACAAGAAGGGAUUUCAGAAGUUAUGAUAAGCCUUGGCAAUUAAAUGCAAAGAAGCCUAAAAAGUCAAAAAGUGACCUUGCUGUGUCUAACAUUUCUCCACCAUCACCAGAAUCCAAAUCAUUGCCAAAGUCAGUAGAUCAUCCUAAGUGGAACUGGCGAAUUAAACCAGAAAGCCGUGAUUUUGAUGAAUUGAACCACAUCCUUCAAGAGAGCAAGAAGCUGGGAAAAGCCCUUGAGAAUCUUUCUCGAAGUAUUGCAAUUUCAGAUGAACUCGAUAAGGAAACAGUGGCGUUUAAUUCUUCUCUUCUGAGACCCCGUGUGAUUGGAGAAUGGAUUGGUCGAGAAGAGAAUGAUGCUGACCCACUAGCCGCUGAAAUGCUACAGCCCCCAGUUCCAAGAAGUAAAAAUGAACAAUGGGAAAAUGAAGAUAAUAGCUCUAGCCCUGCAGGAAGCUUAAAGGUGGAGCCCAAGACUAAAGGAUUAAAACAACAGCAACAACAACAUAAGAAACUUCUGGCAGCAAUGCUCUCUCAAGAUUCUUUUGAGUCUCUCCACAGCCCUACCCCAUCUGUAACAGAAGAAGAUAUUGAUAAUGAAGAUGAUGCAAUGGAAUUGCUGGAGGAUCUUGAUGAUUUAAGAAUGGAGGGAGUAACUACCCUUGUGCCUUCUGGGAGCAAAUUUAACCAAGGUCGUGCUACUCACCCUGCUGAACCUCAGGCCAAGGUCACACUGAACAUCUGUUCAAGGUGUGCCAGGCUUCAAGGAGACAACCUGGCAGAAAGGACGGAGGAAACUUCACAAGCACUUCAUUCUCCAGAUGAAAUACCAGAUUCUUUGGAUUCUUUACCCGGGACUGAAGAAGCACUAAUGGAAGAGGGUGAAGAAUUUGAGAAAGCAUCUAAAUUAAUAGGACCUGGAGAAGCCUCCAGUGGAGGACAGUCACUGAAAAACUACAUGGAAGAAGAUGAAUCUUUAAAGCAAUUGCAAGUAGUUCAUCAGCCAUGGAUCUUGCCAAGUGACACAGAAAGUGAAGGAGUAGAAGCAGAACAAGAUAAACGUUCUGCUGAUCUUCUCCUUUGUGUUCCAUGCUCUUCUUGUCCUACCCUGGUCUACUCUGGUCUGUGAAGCAGGCAGAAGUUGCAGGUGGUCCUUAAAGAAAUUGCAGUUAUUCAAAUCCUUAUGUAUAGUUCUAAUUUUAUUUACUAUGUGUCAUCAUUUAGAGAAUGGUUAUUUUUAUAAUAUCAAUAAUAAACAAGUACUCUUGUAACCAGGGGGUGCCUAAAUGUGUAAUCAGAGAACACUAACCCUGGCAAAGGAUUCUGGGGUGGUCAGGAUGUCUGCUGCCUUUUGACAUGGUUAGUGUCCUGGGUUUAGAUUACUUUAUACCUAGUUAUUAGGAUUACUAUUUGAUACAUUAAAUAUUGCCUGAUUCAAAUAAAUUUGCUUAAAAUUUUUCUGUAUUUUAACUUGUGUAGGGUUUUCUACUUCUUAUAUUUUUAUAAUAUUUUCUCAUUUUUUAGAUUAAUAAACAUUAUACUUACCCACAUGUGCCAAGAUGUGCCAUUUAGGUCUCUCUGGGAGUUAGCUGUUUGGUAUCAUCACCUGCCAUGUGUGUUUUGUACAGCAGCGAGAGACAUAUUCUCUACCACUGCUCCUUCCUAUGAUCAUCUUCCGUGUUCCUAUCAAAACAAAUAAUUGAUAUGUUAAUUCAAUAAAGCAGAUCAAUAAGGAAUGAAAUGCAUGCCCCAAAGCAUAUGCAAUGAAUAUUGUUUGACUAUUUAUCCAAUUACUGAACUCAACGUUAUCCAUUUUGCAUUUAAUAUAUGCUCGCUUUUGGAAUAUAUUAUGCACUGAUGCUAAGUGAAUGGAUCUAAGUAAAUCUAUUGAGUAUCUCUAUUGUCUGUUUUAUCUUAUUUGUCUUAAUCUAAGUUUGCUUUCUGGACCUUUAAGGCAUAUGGUUAAAUUAUAAAAUUGCCUGUAUUACUGUCAAAGAAACAAUAUUAAAGGCCAGAACAUGGCUAAAGAAUAAACAAA